AUGGAAAACAUCGGAGAAGAAGUUUUGGUUCAUAUUUUUAGCUAUUUUGACGUGAAAACUCUAUGUAUUGCAAGUGAAGUCUGCCAUCAGUGGUAUGGUACUGCUAAUAUUAGUGGCUUGUGGAAAUCGCUCUGUGGAAUUCGUUGUAAAAAGGAAAAUCGUCCUUGCCAUUUGGGAAGAGCGGAUUCAUGGAAAGAACGCUUUAUCCAGCUCUAUUCUGGAAGAAUUACUUCUAGAAAGAGAGUAAAAGAGACUCUAAUGCCUUCUUUUGAAGAGUUAAGGAAAGCUUUGAUUCCGGCAAAUGGACGUUUUAUGGAGUUUCGUGUGAAAAAACGCCAAGGAAUUCGUGAAUUUAUACAAAGCAAGGGUCUCGACUACGUCGUAGGGAAUGCAUUUUACCAACAUACCAAGACUGAAACAAUAAGCUUUAAGAAGAAAAUAGUUCUUAAAAGUAAAGAAAAUGGAGCCAUUUAUGAAGGUGGACAAGCAGCGAGGGAUAUGGUUGGCCUAAGAAAGGGCUCACAAGAUUGGAAUAUUCAUCCACAGACCUUAAAUAAACAGGCUACGAAAGACUUUGUCGUGUUCAUACAAAGUACGUMUGUUAAUAGAGCUUUAGUUCCAAAAACAUCAGUGCUUUACGAGCAAUAACAGAGAUUUUUGAAUUUAGAGGA